CAGCAGGCACAGUCGUUAUCAAGCGUUUGACGCGUCUAGAACACGCUCCUCGGUAAUAAUACAGAGUGUACGUACAUUUGUAUAUAAGUAAUUUACGAAACAUUGAAUUUAUACAAAGAAGUUGCACACCAACCUAAGAUACGGAAACAAAAAUCCGUCCGUUUAUCAAGUGAAAUAUUAAGAAUAAAGGAAAUAGGAGCCGGAGUUCGAUUCCAUGAAAUCAUAAAUGUAGAUCGCGUGUUGGUAAAAUUUCUUACCAUGGUUUGAUUGCUGUGCUUUAAGAAGUUCGAUUACUGCAUCUAGGCGCCAAAAAGACAAUACCGCAAUCAACUACGAAAGAUAAGAAGGUCAAAGUUCGGUGCGUUAUAUACGAAAUACUUAUGUACGUUUAUGAGUAAAUAUCAGAAGUGUUUUAAAUUUUGUACAAUUGUUUCGGCUAAUACAUACAAACAUAUAUUUAUGCAGUUAAACUUAAAACAAAACUAAUACUAAAAACAAAACAGCUGGAUCUAAUAAUUGUUUACACGCGCCGUUCUUGGCUUUGAUGACCGUUCCUUUGAAAUAUUAUAUUUUUUACUAUUUUUUAAUAAAUGAGAGCAAAGGCUAUCAGCCAUCGAGUGUGGAACCAAAUCAAGUGCAAUAUUUAAACGCCUGCAUUCAACUGCCUGCCAUACUUUUUUAUUUCGUUUAAAGGUCAAACAAAUAUUUCGAAAUGCCGAAGAAGGCAGAUAGUCUGAAAAAAUGGCAGCAAAACAAUCGCAAAGUGAUUGUUGGCAUUGUUGGUUUUUGUUUGAGUAUUUUUGGCGUUUUGUGCGGCAUGUUUUGGGAGCAGAUCUUCAAUGGCAUAAUGGAGAAGGAAAUGAUCUUACGCCCUAACUCAGAGGUCUACGACAAGUGGAAAAGUCCUCCUAUGACUUUGAGCUUAGACAUUUACCUCUAUAAUUGGACGAAUCCCGAAGAUUUCAAAAAUCUCAGCACAAAACCGAAUUUCGAGCAACUCGGUCCUUAUCGUUUCACCGAAAAGCAGGAUAAAGUUAACAUACAGUGGAAUCCGGCGAAUGCAUCGGUGACGUAUCGCAAAAAAAGCGAUUUCUACUUUGAUGCGAAGGGUAGUAAUGGCAGUUUGGAUGAUGUGAUAGUCACCUUGAAUGCUGUAGCACUGUCCGCUGCCGGUAAGGCCAAACGUUGGAACCCUGUACGACGCAAUUUGGUAGAUGUGGGCUUAAAAUUAUAUGGUCAAGAAAUGUCUAUAACGCGUACAAUCGAUGAGAUGCUCUUUACUGGUUACAGCGAUGAUAUGUUGGAUAUGGCGCGUGCCAUGCCACUCUUUGGCAAGGAUGUUGAGGUGCCAUUCGAUAAAUUUGGUUGGUUUUACACGCGAAAUGGCAGCACCGAUUUAACUGGCGUCUUCAAUGUCUACACUGGCGCAGAUGACAUUUCGAAAAUCGGACAGAUGCACACAUGGAACUACAAACACCAUACUGGCUACUUUCAAUCGACUUGUGGACUCGUUAACGGUUCAGCGGGCGAAUUUCAUCCACCAUAUUUAAAGCAGCAUGGCAGCGUAUCGUUUUUCACGCCCGAUUUAUGUCGUACAGUGCCAUUGGAUUAUUUGGAAACCGCAGAGAUAGAGGGCUUGUUUGGCUACAAGUACCAUGGUGGAGUGCGAUCUGUCGAUAAUGGCACCCUAUAUCCUGAGAACACCUGCUUCUGCGGCGGUCAGUGUGUUCCUUCAGGAGUUAUGAAUAUUUCAUCCUGUCGCUUUGGCUCGCCUGUGUUCAUGUCUUUUCCUCAUUUCUACAAUGCUGAUCCGUACUAUGUGCAACAAGUUGAUGGCAUGCAGCCUGAGCAGGAUAAACAUGAAUUCUAUAUGAUUUUGGAGCCGCGUACCGGAGUUGCUUUGGAGGUGGCAGCGCGUUUCCAAGUCAAUAUGCUUGUGGAGCCCAUCAAAGGCAUAACCCUUUACGAGAAUGUACCGCGCGUCUUCUUUCCAUUGAUCUGGUUUGAGCAGAAGGUACGCAUAACACCCGAUCUCGCCGCCGAUCUGCAACUGUUGCCGAAAGUUCUCAUGGGUGGCCAAAUUUUCGCCUGUAUUUGCUUUGGUGUUGGCUUAAUAUUGCUUUGUUGGUAUCCCAUCGAAUUGCUUUGGACGCGUCAGCGAUCUGUUGAUCUCAAAUCCACACCGACAACAGUGGAAAAUGGCAAACAACUAGCGAAAUUUUCCAGCGUCGAAGAAUUGAAAAACCGACCACCACCUGUUGUCACGGCGAAUAAUAACAAAACGCUUGACAGCUCACCGUUGUUGGAGCGCGGCAAUGGCAAGAGCGCCACAAUUGUGUCCAAGUCGGAGACAAAUGAAAGUGUUGCCACUGACAAAACGGCUGUAAGCAACGUCGCAAAAGAGUAAUAAAGCGAGGGAAGCGUAGUGUGGUUUUUGCGGGAAUUUCCCAAAUAAUCGUCCUAUUGUAUGCCUUUUUCCAUUAGAGUUAGUAGUUCGUAAUUAAACUAUAGUUUUUUGUUAAAUUUUAUACAGCGUAGUUAUGUAAGUGCAACUGGUGAUCUAGCAGAACAGUUGGUUACUCAAAUUUCUAUUUGAUAAUUGCCAUUAGAUUGUUAAUUAUAGUUAUGGAAAUUUGUAAACGGAAUACUCCAGUUAAAUGAAAACGAAUGCGUUUUGUAUAAAGCGAGCGAUUACUAUCUAAACCUGUAAAAACAAUAUAAAUAUAAGAAAUCAGCAAAGUGAA